AUGGAUCACUUAGGGGCGCACCACCUCCACCAGAGCCACACCGAGCCCAUUAGCUUUGGAAUCGACCAGAUCCUGAACAACCCGGACCAAGGCAGCUGCAUGAUCUCCAACGCGCGGCUGCAGGACGCGGCGGACUACGGCCUGGGAGGAUGCGUGGUGAGCAGUGCCUACAACCCACUCCCCACUGGCGUGCCCACCGUGAACAACCUGACGGGGCUGACCUUCCCCUGGAUGGAGAGCAACAGGCGCUACACCAAGGACCGCUUCACGGUGGCCCUCUCACCGUUCACUGUAACACGCCGUAUAGGUCACCCCUACCAGAACCGGACGCCCCCCAAGAAGAAGAAACCGCGCACUUCCUUCACCCGCCUGCAGAUCUGUGAGCUGGAAAAGCGCUUCCACCGACAGAAGUACCUGGCCUCAGCCGAGAGGGCAGCUUUAGCCAAGGCUCUGAAAAUGACCGAUGCCCAAGUCAAGACCUGGUUCCAGAACCGGAGGACAAAGUGGAGGCGGCAAACUGCAGAAGAACGGGAAGCAGAGCGGCAGCAAGCCAAUCGCAUCCUCAUGCAGCUCCAGCAAGAGGCCUUCCAGAAAACCAUCAAUCAGCCCAUCCAAGCAGACCCAAUCUGUGUUCACAAUUCCUCCCUCUUUGCCCUCCAGAACCUCCAGCCAUGGUCAGAUGACUCUUCCAAGAUCACCAGCGUUACUUCUGUGGCCUCUUCCUGUGAGUGA